AUGGACGACCACCCGGACCCCAUCCUCAACUUCUACUCAGAGAAAGAAGCGGAAGAGCCAGACGCGCUCUAUAUCGCUCUGACCAUCGCCCGCACCGCGACACCAGAGGAUGUACGCAAAGCCUACCGCAAGCUUGCGCUCAAGUAUCAUCCUGACAAGCAUGGAUCGAAAGGAGAGGACGAUAAGGAGAGGAUGGGGAAGGAGUUCCAGAAGAUUGGGUUUGCGUAUGCUGUGUUGAGCGAUGAGGGGAGAAGGAAGCGGUACGACGCGAAUGGAAAGACGGCCGAGAAUGCCUUCACCGACGCCGAGGAAAUGGGCUGGGAUGCGUACUUCGAGAGCCUGUUCCAACGGGUAGAUCGGAAGAUGCUGGAUGACCAUAAGGAGAAGUAUCAGGAUUCUCAAGAUGAGCUCGACGAUCUCGAGGAGGCAUACAAUAAAUCCGAGGGGUCCCUCCCGUCCAUCCUCCAGGGCAUCCCCCACGCCACUCACGAGGACGAGUCCCGCCUCAUCGGUCUCGUGGAAGAUCUCAUCUCAUCCGGAAAGCUUGAGCGGACCAAGGCGUGGACGAAGUCAUCAAAGGACCAGACGGCUGCCAAGGCUCGAGGAAAGAAGGCAUCCAAGGAGGCCAAGGAGGCGGAGCAGGCUGCGAAGGAACUGGGGGUAUGGGAUGAGUUCUAUGGGAAUGGGGAGAAGGGGAAGCGGAAUGGGAAUGGAGGGACAGAGGAGGCAGGGAAGGGGAAGGGGAAAGGAAAAGCAAAGGGGAAGGAGGCGGGCGGAGGGGAGGAUGCGCUCGCUGCGUUGAUCCUGAAGCGGCAGAGGGAUAGAGACGGGGGUCUGGACGCGAUGGCGGCGAAGUACGCAAGGAUGGAGGAGGAUGCGAGGGAGAAGAAGAGGGCGAAGAAGGGUGGGAAGGCGACCAAGGAGCAGGAGCAGGAGAAUGAAGAGCCGCCAGAAAUCAGCGAUGCGGACUUUGAGGCGCUGCAAGCGAAGAUGUUCGGCGGGAAGGGCGGAGCAGCAGGGUCCAAGGGGAAGAAGGGUAGGGCGUAG